AUGCAUCCUGGUGCCAUCCCAAUGAAAAUUGAACUCCAGGUUCUGGAGCUCACCCACAGCAUUCCUGGACAAGCAGCUUGCGAAUCCAGGGACUGCAUCUGGGCCCUCCUGACGAUACAUGUUCACGUAAAAACACCCAUCUCUCCCCUGCCACACUGCCUGUGGAGGAACAGGCCUUCUGUUUUGGCCGCCAGCAGAGAGCUCAUCGCCCUGGGGAGUGUGUCAGUUACUGAAUGGAUAGAAGAAGCUCCUGGAGAACAGGCUCCCAAAGAACAGGCCCCAGGGAUCGAUCCUAAACGGAUUGAACAGGAAGAACAGGAACAGGAAUAUGACGAGCACGAAAGAAAGUUAACCCGUAGUAAAGCGUAUCUUCAUCGGCACCUGGCUCUCGAUCGCACAGACUUUAAUGCCAUAGACUCUUGGAAGAGUCUCAGCGGCAGCAUUGCCGCCGUUUUGAACGUCCCCAGCAUUCAUAAUGCUACCUGGGACAGUCUCGAUGAGGCCCUCCAGCAGAAGUUCAUCAGCUAUGCCCCUAAUGCAGAAGAGCUUUUUGAACCGUAUGGCAUGAACCAGCGAAUAUUUCAACGAUGGGUUUGGGAGAUUGUUGAUGAGAAUUUCUUUUCCCAUAAAAGCAAGGACAUAGUUUGGGCCUCACCCUACUGGGAAGCCCAGGCAACCAUCAAGCGCUAUUUACGAGACCAACCCAACCCAACAGACCACGACUUCCGCUACGAUCGUAAUCUUGACUCCCACAAGUUUCCACAUUGGAGAUAUACCACGAUCGAUUUCUACAUGUCACUUGAAGACACCCCGCAGAGCGUACGGAGGAUUGAUCCUACCUGUGUUGUCCCUAUCAUUGCCAAGGCGCUCGGCCGGUAUUUCCCAGAGGAGUACGAUGGAAGAGAUCCCGCCAACGAAACCCACCCGGUUCUUCUAAAUCUUGCUAGUAUCGUGGUCGACCUGGAUUUCCUCUUUGACACCAACCUGACUGUCUUCUCCCAUGUCUUUCACCACCCCAUAACUCAACAAACCUCCGGGUUUUCUUUCCAACGUAACCUUGAAGGAAUAGAGGGCCAGACUAUGGAAGACCAUUAUGGCGGUCUCGGCCGUAAUGAAGAGGGACAAAAUGUCGAUCUUGUAGUUAAUCCAAUGCUGCUGCAGCGCGGGUACUACUAUGGAUACGAUUACGGAGUCAAGACAGCUGCGCAUCCCAUGCAAGUUUGCGUCGCUUGGCUCGAGGCUCACCGCAACCCGCCAGAUUCGCCAGAGGUGGACGGAGAGGAAGAGCAUACUGCGGGAACAGAUGAGGCGACUGCGGAGGAGAGGAGCGAGGGACAUAGUGAUCAUGGUUCUGAGGACGAGGGUAACAAGGAGCAAGGCGAUCAAGUAGAGGGGCUGCCAAAGGAGGAGGAGAAGAGCAGAGAGGAAGUAGACAAAGACGAGGAUAAUGAAGCGAUAACUAACCAGGGGGGAAAGAAUAACAAGAACAAGAAGAGGGCAGGUAAGAAGGGAGAUGAAAGCGAGGAAGAGGAGGAUCAAACAAAGCAGAAGGAGAAAAAGAUAAACCCAAAGAACACGACUAAAAGCAAGAAAGUGAAAAGGAACAAACAGAAGCGUCGUCAGAAAUGA